AAUCAUCUGCUAGAAAAUACAAACAAAUAAAAGGAAUCAAUUUUCUAUCUGGUGCAAAUUUACCUACCUUCUUUUUCUUCUGUCCGGAAUUUUCCUUACUUUCAACUUCAAAGGAAAAUAUGAAAAUCUUUGAGGUUCCAUGCUUAGAAGACAACUACUCGUAUCUGGUGAUAGAUGAAAGCACAAAAGAGGCGGCAGUGGUGGAUCCUGUGGAGGCGGAGAAAGUUUUUGAUGUAGCAAAUCAGCAUGGGGUUGUCCUCAAGUUUGUUCUUACCACUCAUCACCACUGGGAUCACGCUGGUGGGAAUGAUAAGAUAAAGCAGUUGGUGCCUGGGAUCAAGGUAUAUGGUGGUUCCCUUGAUAAUGUUAGGGGCUGCACUCAUCAGCUCCAAAACGGCGAUACCUUAUCCCUUGGCUCUCAUCUCAACAUUUUGGCUCUUCAUACCCCUUGCCAUACCAAGGGUCACAUUAGUUACUACAUCACAGGCAAAGACGGGGAGGACCCUGCUGUUUUUACUGGAGAUACCCUCUUCAUUGCUGGUUGCGGGAAGUUUUUUGAAGGCACAGCCGAACAGAUGUAUCAAUCACUCUGUGUAACACUGGGUUCACUGCCAAAGCCAACUCGUGUCUACUGUGGCCAUGAGUACACAGUGAAGAACCUGCAAUUUGCAUCGACAGUUGAGCCGAAAAAUGCAAGGAUACAGCAGAAGUUAGCUUGGGCUAAUGGUCAGCGCAAAGCUGGUCUACCCACCAUUCCCUCAACCAUUGAGGAAGAAAUGGAGACAAAUCCAUUUAUGCGAGUUGACCUACCUGAACUUCAGGGGAGUAUUGGUUGCCAGUCUCCUGUUGAAGCACUCCGGGAGAUAAGGCAGAUGAAGGACAAUUGGCGAGGCUGAUUAUGGAGUUGCCUAACUAUGAAGGAAGGAAAGAAAAUGAAAAGGACUCGCCAUAUUUCUUUUUUCUUUUUGUUGUUAAGAAUAGAAAAAAGAAUGUUGGUAUGCUGCUGAAAGAUGGCUUGGGAGUUGUAAUCAGUUAAAUUCAAAUGAAAUUUGGAUAAUGGAUGAGUUUGGAACCAACGUGCCACUGUUUCUUGUGGAUGAAUGCAGGGUAGAGUUUGUAUUAAUAUGGUUUCAAGAGUUAAUGUUAAUAGUGGUAGUUGAAUUCUUAUCCCUUUGAUGUUUAAACUCUCAGCUAAUGGGAGUGGUUUGAAAUGUUGGAUACAUGCUCUCAUGGAAUGGACAAACACAUUAUCCGCA